AUGUCUAAGUUAAAGAUCAUAGUCUCUACGACGAGCUUGCUCUGCACAAGGAUUGAAUGGACUCUAAAAUUGAAGGGCUUCGAGGACGGGAUGAUUGUUGAAGAUUGGAGGAAGCAGAAGAGCGAAUUGCUUUCGAAGUCAAACCCAGUGCACAAGAAGGUCUUGGUGCCUUUGGACGAUGGGGUGGCGAUUGCAAAGUCGAAAGUGAUCCUGGAGUACAUCGAUGAGAAGUGGAAGGGGGGCGAUCCUUUUCCGUUAUUGCCUCAAGACCCCUUCCAGUUCGUUUCCGGGAUCAGUCUGCUUGAGGAAAAGAUUGAAAGGAAGUUCUUCGUGGGGGAGAAGAUGGGUUAUUUGGAUCCCACAUCGCUCGGCAUCAUGGAAGAAGCUGAGGCAUGA